UUAUAAUCGUACUUUGAAAAAAAUAAAACAAGAAAAGAAAUAAGUAUCGAUAAAAAAAGUGAGAAAAAAUAGAUUAGGUAUAUCUAACAAUCAGUGUGAUCGUUGAAUAAAGUGAUAGUUAUCAUUAGUAAUGACUGGUUUUCAUUCGAUCAUGUGAUCAAAAGCAGAAAUCAUCCCACCAUACCUAAGUUCUUCAAUCGUAACACGUGCCCAUUCAAUUUCACAUCAGUUCAAAUCGUAGUCAAGAAUCGAAGGUGUGCAAUUAAGUGAUCUCUUCUCGUAAUUUAUUAAAAUGAAGAACGCAUCACGCGAUGAAACGAAAAAGAAAGCGCCAGAUGGUGGUUGGGGGUGGUUCGUUUGUUUAGGAAGCAGUUUAAUUUCGCUUUCGUUGAGGUCUCUGGAUCCAUCUUUUGGUCUUCUCUUCCAAGAUCUUUUAGAGGAACUCAAUAUCGAGUCUACCGGAACGUCAGUGAUAAUGAGCGUGCUUGACGCUAUUGUUAAUUUUUCAGGUCUAUUCGUUGGACCAUUGUUGAAAAAAUAUUCUUACAGAAAGGUUGCAUUUUUUGGUUCCCUUUUAAGUUGCACCGGUCUUAUGUUGACAUCCAGAGCAAACAGCAUGCCUUAUUUGAUAUGUACUUAUAGCAUUUUAGGAGGCUUUGGUACAGGAAUCGCAAUUGCAUCCGCGUUCGUAGCCUUGAAUACUUUCUUCGACAAGAAACGCGGACAAGCAGUUGGUUUCUCAAUGGCUGGAACAACCUUGGCAAUGAUGUUGGUACCGCAGCUCAUUCACGUAUUAUUAAAAUCUUACGGUUUUUGUGGAACUAUGAUGAUUAUAAGUGCUUGGGCACUUCAUUCGGUAGUCGGUGCAUGUCUUUUGAGAUCUCUGGAAACUAAACAAAAAGAAACUUCGAUACCCAAAAAAACAACCGAACCUAAGGAGAAGGAUGCCCUGUUGCAAAAAACUUCAACUUCUUUGCGUAAAGUAACUAACGGUACGAGUCACGACAAUGGGGAUGGUAGAAGAAGAAGCGAAACAAGGGUGGCCGAUUCGAAGAUUAUCGAAAUCGAGGAUGAGGAUAACAAAAAAAAAACAACGACGACGUUCUUCGAUAAAAUAAUGAAAACAUUUGACUUGGAUUUAUUGAAAGACACCGUAUAUCUGAACGUAGUUGUUGGCACUAGCCUUUAUUACGUGGCAGAAUCAAAUUUCAAGCUGAUGACUCCAUUUUUCCUCUCGAGCAUCGGAAUGACCAAGGCGGAAGUCGCUUUUUGUUUAUCCAUCACUGCCUUUACGGACAUCCUAGCCCGUUUGACGUUACCAACUAUAUUCGAUAAACUAGGAUUGAAGAAGAGAUCGAUAUUUUGGAUUUGUUCUAUUAUGGUUGGUUUCGGACGUUCCGUACUCGCUGAACGUACGAAAGGAACAACCCUGAUCGUGAUAUUCGUAAUAAUAGGAUUUUUGCGUGGAGCUACUUUGGUCAAUUUGAAUCUCAGUAUCUCCGAGUGUUGUUCACUGAAAAAAUUACCAAGUGCAUUUGGAAUAUUUAUGGUCUGUAAGGGUAUCUUCGUUGUUGCUAUGAGUCCACUUAUCGGAUACAUACGAGAUUAUACCCAGAGUUAUAGAAUAUGCAUUCACGUUAUGACCAGUCUAAUCAUUCUGACUUUUGUCUCGUGGACUAUCGAAUUUUCAUAUUUCGGCAUACGUAAAAGGAAACUUUUACAGCUUUCUGUACUUCCGAUUCAACAAUGUUACGGUCUUAUCUUUGGAGAACGUUUUACGAAUCUCGGUAUUACUGCUACGCAAACAUCCUUAAUACUUCAUUUAAAUAGUACGAUAUCCUGUAGCCUUGGUUUGAUAAGUGGGCCCAUGAUGAAAAAAUUUUCAUUCCGAAAAGUCACUUUUUUUGGGUGCCUUAUGGUAGCUAUUGGAGUAUGCACCACUGCAUUUGCCAUAACUCUUCCUGCCAUCAUUAUAGGAUAUUGCGUUAUUAUAGGUACAGGGCAAGGUAUCAUCUUUCUUGGUACGAGUUUAGCACUUAAUACAUAUUUUAGAAAAAAACGUAACAUAGCAAUGGGACUUUGCGUUACCUUGACCGGCCUUGGCCCCAUUGUAAUGCCACUUUUUAUAGUGAAAUUAUUAAACGAAUACGGUACCACAGGAACUUUAAUAAUAUUCACUGGAAUAGCUGCCAAUUCUUUCAUCGGUUCUUGUUUAUUAAAAUCUUUCGUAAAUAAUAAUCAAAUAAACGCUAAGGAUUCGAUUAUUACCGAGAACAAUGUGAAAAAUGAAAAUACAAAAGUGGCAAUGAAAAAUAAAAGGGACGUUGGAAACCAUGUAACCGAGUGUCGAUUAUUAAACGAUCGAGAACAAAUAGCAAAAGUAGAAGGAGAAGAAGAAGAAGAAGAAGAAGAAGACAAAAAUUUGAAAAUUAAUCACGAAAAUGUUAAAACGACUUAUAAAAAACGUAACUUUCUUUAUAAGAUCUCGACAAAUUUGGAUCUCAAACUUUUAAAAGAUCUGCGUUAUAUUUUUGUAAUUAUAGGUAUGGGAGUAUCCUUGGUAGCCGAGACGAACUUCAAUGCAUUGAUACCAUUUGUCCUCGAGAAAGUUUCAGAAUUAAAAAUAAAUGAGAUUGCUACUAUAAUGUCUAUCCAAGCUGCCUUUGAUAUAUUAGGACGUCUUUGUGUUCCUUUGCUCGCACAAAAAGCCCACUGGACACCGAGAUAUCUUUACGUGAUAUCCUUGAUAGGAUCCACUUUAGGAAGGACGAUUCUGUGUGGUUGGGGUGAUAAUUAUCCCACCGUAAUCGUAGUAGCUAUUAUCGUAGGAAUAGCAAAAGGUACAAAAGCUGUAUUUCAAUCUUUGAUCAUCCCAGAUUAUGUUCCAUUGGAACGAUUACCAGCAGCAUGUGGUAUUCAAAUGGUUUUUAAUGGCAUUUUAUCUAUCAGUUUAGGACCGAUUAUAGGUAUGGUGCAUGAUUUAACUGGAAGUUAUAUCGGUUCGUUGCACUUCACUUCAGGAAUGAGCAUGUCUUGCGUAUUUUUGUGGCUAUUGGGAGGACUUUGGUCACCUCUUGGUAAUCAUAUUAAAAUAAAAACAAACGGAGAAAAAGCUAAUGAGAAAUAUUCAUCGGAAGAUCAGAACGAAAGUAAUGAAGUUUAAUGAUACGUUUGUUUUUAUAAAUUAAAGAAUUGUUUUAGAUAUGAUCGUAUCGUUCAUAACAUUUUUUUCUUGUUUGUUAAUCACGUUAUCAUCGCGAAUA